AUGUUCUGUGAUGCAUCUGAGCGAGCAUAUGGUGCAGUUUUGUACAUAGUUACCUCUCAUAAUAAUCAAUCAAGUAUCCAUUUAGUAUGCAGCCGCAAUAGACUUGCACCUAUAAAGAAAGUUAGUCUUCCACGCUUAGAGCUUUUAGCAGCUGUGAUUGGUACCAGACUGCUGAAAUAUUUUUGCAAUGAAACUGGAUUGUCGCCAUCUACAGCCACAUUAUGGAGCGACUCUGAAGUCACCCUUGGUUGGAUUCGGGGUAAUCCCAACAGGUGGAAAACCUUUGUGUGCAACAGGGUAACAGAAAUAAUUUCAUACACUGACCCUUCACAGUGGCGGCAUUGCCCGGGACAAGACAAUCCAGAGGACAAACUAUCAAGAGGCGUUCCUACAUCUACACUGAAAGACCUCAACAUCUGGUGGAACGGGCCCACUUGGCGGACUGAACCCACAGAAAGUUGGCCAGAUUCGAAAGCAGAUUACUCUCAUAAUUUGAAGGUAAAGAAAAAUAAAGAAAUUCAAACAUUUCAUGUUACUGCUUUUCAACCCAUCAUCGACGCAAAAGACUACAGCUCCUACUUCAGACUGCUACGUGUUACUGCAUGGAUUCUACGUUUUAACUCGAACUGUAGAUCUCAAGGCAAGAAAGUCAGAGAAUUUGACACUGCAGAAAUAUAUGAUGCUAGAAAUUACUGGACACAAGUGGUUCACAAGGAGUCAUUUUCAUUACAGUUUUCGAGUUUAUCAGAGUCCCAAAAACAUCCAAUUUUGCUGGACGAAUCUCAUCAUUUCACAAGUCUGAUGAUACGUCAAACACAUAUCAAAAUGCAUCACCUAGGUGUCAGAAUAGUGCUUUCAGAACUACGCUCAAACUUUUGGAUUCUAUGA